CCCCCUCCCCCCACUCCUGUUUCCGGGGCGCUGCGCACGUGCGCUCUCGGGCAGGGCCGCGGUUCUGCGCAUGUGCCGGCAAUGUGGCGGCGGCAGUUGCGGUAGCGCCGAAUGGCAGAUGGAGCGUCCCGCGAGCGCGGCAGGGGAACCCAAGCUAAGACACGUAGAAAAAGAUGUUUUGAUUCCAAAAAUGAUGAGAGAGAAGGCCAGGGAGCUGUGUUCAGAUAAAGUGCAAGAUGUAAGAUGGGAAGCUGUUUUCCCUGACCUGACUGGGGUGGGAAACCUUGUUUUAUAUUCAGAUUUUACUAAAUGCUGCCAAGAGACUGGCUUUUUAAUGGUGAUAAAGUGUCAACAGGAAAAUGCAGCACUGAAGGAGUGUCUAACUGCCUACUACUCUGACCCAGCAUUUUAUGAAGAAUGCAAAAUGGAAUAUCUAAAGCAAAGAGAAGAAUAUAGAAAAACUGGAAUUCCUGCUAAGCGGAAACAGCAGAAACUUCCUACAUCUAUGUAACUAAAAUAUGAAAUCAAGUUCUGAAAUCUCAGUUGUGUUAUCUGUACACAUUUUGAAUUGGUAAAAUGAGCUAAUCAGGCAAACAGACUUAUUUUUUUUAAAGCGUCUUCUAAGCAGGAUUUGAGUGAAAAAUAUAGAAUGAAUGCAUCUCAGGUGUAUUGGGAAUAAAUAACUUACUAUGAAUAUA